AUGUUGGUUUCUCAGUUUUCUUGAAGUUAGAAGAGAAGAUCCAGCAAAAGGAUUGGAAAAGACUAACUUGCAGGCAAGAUCUAAGGAAAACCAGGAGGCUGAGAUCAGACAAACUGAGGAAAAGCUUGACUUUUAAAGCCACACCAAUGCCAAGCUUCUAUCAAGAACCCGGUCCUCCAAAAGUUGAACUAAAGAAGAUCCCACCAACACGUGCUAGGUCGCCAAAGCUUGGACGGAACAAGCCAUCCAUCGCUGCUGCUGACAACCCUUUGGAAGGUUCAAGUCAGAACCCACACCCCUCUUCUGGCACAAACAAGUCAAAGAAAGGUGUAGCAAACAAUAAAGGAGCCUCCACAGCUUUGAAGAAACCGAUUCAGAAAUCACUUUCGAGGCUGCCGACUCAGAAAUCAACAGCUGCAAAGGUUGAAACCGAACCCCUUCGCACAGAGCCAAAAGCAUCAGACCAGAAACCCAGAAUUGAGAAACCAAUGGUAGGGGAGAGUGAUGGCAAAUCGUCAGCAGUCCCUCCUGAAGCAGGUGUGGCAGUGGAGUCGGUCUCUCUGGAGAACACAAGUGAAGAAGCUAAUGCUGUUCCAGAAAAUGCUACUGAAGAAGCUAAAGCCAUUCUGGAGAACACAUUUGACGAAACUCAAACUAUGUGUAACCUUUCCUUUCCUGGAAAUGCUCCCAAUGAAGUUUCAGUAGAAGGUUGAUGAAUUGAGCCACCUGUCCUAUGUAUUAGUGCUGUGCACAUUUGUGAAUAGUGAGGAUGGAUGCUUGGAAAGUAUAACGCUGUUUUCUUGUUUAUGCAUUUCAUUGUUCCCUGAAUAGAUACUGUUUUGCUGGACAUAAUUUGGUGUCUGAUGUAUAUUAUUGAUAAUUGUGUUUGAUUCAUA